AUGGCGUCGCCAAUUCGGCUCGCGAGCAUGGGCAUGUUCAUCAUCGAUACUUUUCAAUACUUCGACCCGGCAACUGGUGAAGAUCUUGGGAACCGCGGUCUGCAAGACCAGAUCGGAGGAGGUGGCUGCUACUUUGCAGUGGGAGCUCGCGUGUGGAUGCCUCCAUCUGAGAUACAGAUGAUCAUCGAUCGGGGAGUCGACUGGAGGACGACAGAUCAGGACGUGCUCGACCGAUUCAAUCGCACCCCAUCGUCAUCCAGUGGACCAUCUUCGAUGUGGUACUACAGGUCAAGACCGGAUCGUACGACCAGAGCAGUCAACAUCUACAGGGGCGAGCACCGCGGCUUCGACUAUCUUUCACCCAAGAUCCGGCUCGAGCCGAGCGAUCUGCUACAAUGCUCGCCGAGCAUACCGCCGAAGCUUCCGGAGUGGAUCCAUCUCAUUUGCUCGCCGGGGCGUGCGCUCGAGACCAUCUCGCAGAUCGAUGCCAUCGUUGCAGAGGACGGGAGCGGCUUUCCGAAGCUCGUCUACGAGCCCAUACCCGAUUCGUGCAUCUUUGAGAACCUGCAAGAUUGCCUAUGCGUGCUUCCCAGGCUCGAAGUCUUCAGUCCGAAUCACGAGGAAGCUGCACAUCUGCUUGGGCUGUACGAUGACUGGACCAAGGUAGUCAAGCAGGCUUCGAACGACAAGGACGCACCAAUGGAUGCCAUUGUGAAGUUUAUCUUGGACAACUUGGCGGGAGGAUUUGCAAGGCACGUGCAGGAGCAAAUGGCAGAAGACAUGGAGGGGAAUGAGCCGAUUGGGCCCAUCAUUUGCAUCCGAAGCGGUGCAUGGGGCUCUGUUGUAGGACGAACAGGCCUUGGAUUCCAUCACAUUUCAGCAUGGCACACGUCAACAGACCGAAUCAAGGACGUAACGGGCGCCGGCAACUCAUUCCUCGGAGGCUUCAGCGCGUGCCUCAUACAGACGGAGCACGAUGGCUCGCUAGAUCCAGUAAGGAGGGUCAAAGAGGCAGCGAUGCACGGCGCCGUAUCUGCUUCCCUCGUCAUCGAGCAGCUUGGCUUGCCGAACUUCGACGUGCAGUCUGCCAAAGAGACGUGGAACGACGAGACCGCUUCGGAUCGUCUCGACUCGCUAAGAGCCAGAGUAGCUCCGUAA